CCUAGUUGACGAAAGAACAGAGGGACAAAUGGCAAGUUUGGUUUGACGUCCGACAUUUCAAAACCAGGAAACUGUCAAGAACCUCAUUGAAGAUUCAGAACUCCAAUUAGUAAAUUUCCAAAAUGACGUCCACCGUUGCUCCAACUCUGUCCAACUCGGAUUCCGACUCCUCCCAUUGCCACCAUCACUCCGACCUGUCUUCGACCAUCUUCAAGUCGUACCUUGAACUUUCGGGUGAGCAGCAAAACGAAAAACAUGAUCUUAUAAAAAUCCAAGCUUUUCUUACUUCUUCUCGUUCGGGUGCCCUCUCAUGCCUCAUUUGCCUUGAAAGAAUCCGUCCUUCUGAUCCCACAUGGUCCUGUUCCUCUCUCUGUUUCGCCGUCUUUCAUCUCCACUGCAUUCAAUCGUGGGCCGUACAAUCCUCCAAUUUGGCUGCCGCCCGUGCCGCCACGCGCGCUGCCACUCCAAAUGAAAGCUCCCUUCUAUGGCACUGCCCUAAAUGCCGCAUUGAGUAUCCUAAAUCCCAGAUCCCUAAAACAUACUACUGUUUCUGUGGAAAACUUCCAGAUCCACCUCAUGAUCCUUGGGUUUUACCUCAUUCUUGCGGUGAAAUUUGUGGGAGGCCGUUGAAGUACAAUUGUGGACACCAUUGCUUAUUGUUGUGCCACCCUGGACCGUGUCCCUCUUGUCCUAAAUUGGUGAAAUCCAAGUGUUUUUGUGGGGCUUUGGAAGAUGUCAAACGAUGUGGCUUUAAGAAUUUCUCGUGCAAUGGUAUUUGUAAAAACUUGUUGGAUUGCAACACUCAUAGGUGCAGUGAAAUUUGCCAUGAGGGUGAUUGCCCUCCUUGUAAAGCUAAAGGCAUGUUUAAGUGUCAGUGCGGGAAGGUGGAGAUGAAAAGAGAGUGUUUUGAUAGGGUCUUUAGGUGUGAAAAUCCAUGUGACAAGUUACUUGGGUGUGGGCGGCAUAAGUGUGAGAAAGGUUGUCAUGAGGGUGACUGUGGAGAUUGUCCACUUCAAGGGAAGAGGACUUGCCCUUGUGGGAAGAGAGUUUAUGAAGGGAUUGCCUGUGACGUUGCAGUUUUAGUAUGUGGAGCAACAUGUGGUAAAAUGCUGAGCUGUGGAUUUCAUAGGUGCCCUGAAAGGUGCCACAGAGGUCCCUGCAUUGAAACUUGUAGGGUGGUCGUUACCAAAUCAUGUAGGUGCGGGAGUUUUAUGAAACUGGUUCCUUGCUACCAAGACAUGACAUGUGAAAGGAAGUGUCAGAAAAUGCGGGACUGUGGAAGACAUGCCUGUAAACGCCGCUGCUGUGAUGGGGAUUGCCCACCUUGUUCUGAGAUGUGUGACAGGAAGCUUCGUUGUAGGAACCACAAGUGUCCAGCUCCAUGCCACAGAGGCUCUUGUGCACCAUGCCCAGUAAUGGUCCCAAUUUCAUGUUUGUGCGGGGAGACACAUUUUGAGGUUCCUUGUGGUGCAGAAGCUGAACAAAAACCUCCAAAAUGUCGUAAAUCAUGUCGUGUGGGUCGUUUAUGCAGGCAUGCUUCUAAUUGCAAGUCACAUAGGUGUCACUAUGGAGCUUGCCCACCAUGCCGUUUACUUUGUGAUGAAGGAUAUCCUUGUGGGCACAAGUGUGAAUUGAGGUGCCAUGGCCCUACACCUCCUCCACUUCCAGAGUUCACAUUGAAACCAAAGAAAAGGAGACUGAACAAUCAAAUUGAGCCUACUCCUGGUUCAUCAUGUCCCCCAUGCCCACAACUUGUUUGGAGGUCUUGUUUGGGUAAUCAUGUUGGAGCAGAAAGAAUGAUGGUCUGCUCAGACAAGGCAAUAUUUUCCUGUGACAAUUUGUGUGGAAAUCUUCUUGCUUGUGGAAAUCACUACUGCACAAAAGUUUGCCAUACCUUGGUUACUAGUACUUCAAAAUCAGAUAGGAGUAGAAGAGCCGAGACCUGUGAAAAGUGCACUCUUCCUUGCCAACAGGAGCAGGAACCUGCUUGUCCUCAUCCGUGUCCCCUGCCUUGUCAUCCUGGAGCAUGUCCCCCUUGCAAAGCACUGAUAAAGCGUUCUUGUCACUGUGGUUCCAUGGUUCAUGUCUUUGAGUGCAUAUACUACAACAGCCUGUCAGCAAAAGAGCAGCUGACUGUUCGUUCAUGUGGAGGACCAUGCCAUAGAAGAUUACGUAAUUGUACGCACCUCUGCCCUGAAACAUGUCAUUCUGGUGAAUGUCCAUCUCCUGAUCAAUGUUCCAAGAAGGUUACAGUUCGCUGCGGAUGCCGAAUUUUGAAAAAAGAGUUGCUUUGUAAGGAGGUUCAAAUAGCCUAUCGAAGUAGUGGUACUGACGCCAAAGAUGUACCUAGAAACCAAUAUGGACUUGGCCUUCUCCCUUGCAAUUCAGAUUGCAGGAGCAAAGUGAAAGCUUCUGGGACACAGUUGCAACGUCGUAAAUCAAAAGCUCCCGAGGUAAACCUUUAUAAUUUUCUUAAAUGCAUGUUGCAUCUGCUGUACAGUGUAUUCUGGAGUUCACGGUGGCGUAUGAGAUGCAAAAUAAAAUUUUUCGUUCACCAACAUGAGGAAAAGGAAACAAAAGAUAAUGCGACGAAGCGAAGACGGAGACGAGGACGGGUGCUCGAAGACAAGAAAACUUCGACACUGCAGAGAAUUGUUGCUGGCAUCAGGAGAUUUCUUCUAUUUGUUAUCAUCAUGAUAGCUCUGAUUGCUUCAGUAUAUUUGGGUUAUAAAGGCCUACUAUGGCUGUCCGAACGGAUGAAUGAGGCCGAAAUCCAACGACAAAGAAGAUACACACGAACAUAGUUUGUCAGAAUCAACUUCAGCAUACAGAACUGUUACAGUAUUGGCUGAUUUACUAGACGAGGCAUUCUUUGUUCAUUUUGGAUUUAGUGGGUUUUGACUUACGUUCACAUAUGUAAACUUGCAGACAGACGUGCCGGAGAGAAUCUUGGAGUGCUCUUACAUUUUCUUUUUGAGGAAAGUUCACAAAUAGCAAAGGGAAAAGACAUACAAUCACCCUUAAAACUUCUUGACAUAACUCACUCGAGGCGAACCCAGGAUUUCAUGACGAUGGGUGCACUACUAGAGGAGUGCAUUAGUACAGUGAUGUCGUGCUGUGUUUUAAUGCUUUUGUCAAAAAAAAGUUAAGUGUUAAAUUAGUGUGAAGCCAAACUUAUCCAAAUAAAUAUUAGUUAAACGGAAAUAUGACAUAAGUUAUUGUGUGGUUAGAUGUUUUUAAUUCUUGUGUGUACAUUUUGGGAUUGAGGUUGCAAGUUCGAAUAUAACUUGAGUGUUUAUUGAGCA